CUCCCUGAGGUGGUGGGGAGCUCUGGGCGAAGCGUUCGGUCUGGAGCUCCGUCCCGCGUGCGAGCGUUGGUUCCAGAAUUCGGUUUUGUAGGAACUCACGGACCGCCUGCCUCCCGCAGAGAUUCGGAAACUGCGCGGAGAGCAAGCGUGCGAACCAGACCUUGGGCGUUGCAUUUAGGAGGGUUUGGAGCGUCCCAGCCAGCUCCCCUGACCUGUGCAUCCCUCCGGAGAGGAAGAGGAGGGAAGGCCUGCUGUCUCCGGGCUCCAGGGAUCCUCUCCCCGGCAGCAGCGCCGAAUGCCCGCCCCCGGUGUCAGCAGUAUGGAGUGCUGACGUCCAUGUGGCUACUCGCAGUGAAACAGGUGUUAAGGAAAAUGCAGAGACGCCACAGCAGCAACACGGAUAACAUCCCGCCUGAAAGGAAUCGCAGCCAGGCGCUCAGCUCUGAGGCCAGUGUGGAUGAGGGUGGCGUCUUCGAGAGUCUGAAGGCAGAAGCGGCCUCCCCGCCCGCGCUCUUCUCCGGUCUCGCAGGUGGCCUGCCCGCCAGCCCCUUCCCGGCCAGUCUGGUGCUGGGCGCAGCGGCCAGCGGCGGCGACGUGUUCAUCCAGAUGCCUGCGGCGCGAGAGGAGGGCGGCACCUUCCACCACCGGCCGCCCCACCACCACUUCCACCAUGGCCCCGGCACGCGCGGGGGCUCCCUGCUGCAACACGUGGGCGGCGACCACCGCGGGCACACGGAGGAGGCCGGCGAUGAGCAGCCGGGGACACCUGCGCCUGCCCUGUCCGAGCUCAAGGCUGUGAUGUGCUGGCUACAGAAGGGGCUUCCCUUCAUCCUCAUCCUCUUGGCCAAAGUGUGCUUCCAGCAUAAACUGGGCAUUGCUGUGUGCAUCGGGAUGGCCAGCACCUUCGCCUACGCCAACUCCACGCUCCGCGAGCAGGUCUCCCUAAAGGAGAAGAGGUCGGUGCUGGUCAUCUUGUGGAUCUUGGCCUUCCUGGCAGGGAACACCUUGUAUGUCCUCUACACCUUCAGUUCUCAGCAGCUGUAUAACAGCCUCAUCUUCCUGAAGCCCAACCUGGAGACGCUGGACUUCUUCGACCUGCUGUGGAUCGUGGGGAUCGCCGACUUUGUGCUGAAAUACAUCACCAUCGCCCUCAAGUGCCUCAUCGUGGCCCUGCCCAAGAUCAUCCUGGCUGUCAAGUCCAAGGGGAAGUUCUACCUGGUCAUCGAGGAGCUGAGCCAGCUCUUCCGCUCCCUGGUCCCCAUCCAGCUGUGGUACAAGUACAUCAUGGGGGACGACACCUCCAACAGCUACUUCCUGGGAGGGGUCUUGAUCGUCCUCUACAGUCUCUGCAAGUCGUUCGACAUCUGUGGCCGCGUGGGUGGCGUGAGGAAAGCCCUGAAGCUUCUCUGCACCUCCCAGAAUUACGGGGUGCGAGCCACGGGGCAGCAGUGCACAGAAGCCGGUGACAUCUGUGCCAUCUGCCAGGCCGAGUUCCGAGACCCUCUGAUUCUCCUGUGCCAGCACGUGUUCUGUGAGGAGUGCCUGUGCCUGUGGCUGGAUCGUGAGCGCACCUGCCCACUCUGCCGCUCAGUUGCCGUGGAUACCCUGCGCUGCUGGAAGGACGGGGCCACCUCCGCACACUUCCAGGUGUAUUAGGGCCGCCCCGGGAGAGGCAGGAGGGUCGGCGUCCCUAGGCCCAGCCCUGCACUGCUCCCGGCCGCCGGGGAGGUCUCCCAGGUAGGUCGUCCAUCCUCCCUCUGAGCCAAGCACCUGGUGAUGUGUGAAGGCCCCACCUGUUGGUGACUUUAACUUAGUACCUAGUACCUAGCACAUGAUGGUGCAUACUGGGGUGGAGCCUGGAGGUCACCGCCUCCCCCCACCGUGUACCCGGGAUAACCUGACGUAGUGAACACCUAGUGUGUGCCAGGCACACAGCAGGCCACACCCUGCGUGGAUCGCCUCCCGUCACUCUCACAGCAGUCCAGUGACAGGGGUCUUGUUGGUUCCCUCAUUUGACAGGUGAGAAACCUGGGGCACGGAGCUUGAUGGGGUAACUUUCCCAGGGUCACAAGUUUGCAGUACAGGCCCGGUCUGGCUUCCAGCGUGCAGCCAGCCUUGUGGUUCAGAUGCUGCAGGCGUGAGGCCUGGUGGGCGUGGUUUGCCAGCAGCACAGGAGGUGAGCCGAGGCCCUCCCUGGGUGAGAAGCAGCAUCGCAGGUGCAGAGCGUAUGAAAUACAGACCGCAUGGGGGACGCAGACUGUCAGCGUUAGUUCCUGAGUCUCCUGUGGCUGCGUCCAUGGAAAGACCGGGCCCUUAGAAUUGCUCUCUUCCUGGGCUGUGGAGGUGGGAGUGCCCACACCCACAGCGGCAUCGAGAAAGGUCAGCCUGGCCCAGGCAAGGGGAUCCUGGGCUUCCCCCUGGACUUCCCUACUCCUGCUCCUCCUCCUCCCAUUCCUCCUCCUCCCUUUCCUCCUCCUUCCUCCUCCUCCUCCUCCUCUGUGCUGUCCCUUGCUGAAGUCCCCGGCCUGUCGGUGGCUCCUGUGGCCGCUGCCAUCUCCCCAGCUCAUCUUCAGAGUAGAAGGGACGAGCCUGUUGGGAUUUCUCCCCAAACCAGGGUGGCAGCACAGAGCACAAUCCCAAUCUGUGUUUCUGUAAUCCUUGUGAUAAAAGCCCUGCCAGUGUCCACGGCAAAAUUAGGUCUCUGCCAGCAAAACUCUCCCUGCUCGGCGUCUGAAUGAGACGGCACAGGUGACCACACAUGAGCUGCUGGAAUCCUGCCCACCCUUCUCUCCCAACUCUAUUCUCUCAUUGUCAGCCUCAGCACCACGGCUGGUGCCAAUGACAGCAUUACAGGGAAAGCCAUCCGCAUAGCCAGUGAGCACACAAGCCCCAGGAGAAACUGGGGGAGGCUGAGUGCCCCCACCCAGUGGACUCGGGCCGUUGGUCCCUGAGUCCCGUUGGCCCCGCCACACCAGGACUCUCUCCUUAGCUCAACAUCCUGGCUUUGCUGGUCCCCAGCUGGACAUCGCUUCCAGGGCCGCGUGGCAUCUUUCAAGCUCUGUUGCCAUGGCAAUGGCUGUGGA